AUGAAGUUUCUUUUCCUGUUUCUUGCCAUCCUUCUGGCCAUGGAACCAGUGGUAUCAGCAGACUGUUGGAUGAAUGGACAAUGCCGGUUGGUGUGCAAAAAUGAUGAAGACAGCGUCACACGCUGCUCAAAUCGUAAGCGAUGCUGUGUCCCUAGUCGUUAUUUGACAAUCCAACCAGUAACAAUUGAUGGAGAACUCCCCUGGACCACUCCUUAUGUGACCAAACAUGGGGCCAGACAAUAG